AUGUCUAUGCUACUGCCGCAGUAUUGGCCGUCCGAAGAGGAACUCAAAGAUGCUUACAUGGUAUUCAAGAAGUGCGAAGCAGAGUAUCUACCGCUGAAAAACAGGGAACGCGGAGAGAGAUCCGACGCUCAUAUGGAGCUCAUGGAAAGAAAACUGAAAGAGAAAUACCUCAAAGCGAAGAGAGCUUUGUUCGAUUGCGACAUGUAUGCCGUGAGGAUUUGGGACGAAGCAACGAUCAGACAGUGGAAGCUUGAGUGGGAUCGGGAAAUGCGUCGUGCGGCCGAUGGCGAAGGCGGCGAGACGACUCCCAGUGCUGGCCAAGAUGGAUCCUCAGACCAGACGAAAGGCGAACAUCCUUCCCAUCAGCCGGCCGCAACUCCAACGCACCAGAUCAAGACCUCUCAGACCGACUGCGGACAUCUUCCUCACUCUAAGCUCGGGCAAACGAGCCGCAGCGAUAUGUCUGACGAAGGCCAGCCUGCUUCCCGCCCUUCCAACGUCCCGCAGAACAAUUCCCAACGUUUUAACGAAGUCGAACGUCGGGUGACUCGGGUCAUGGACGAAGGGGCGUCUCCUAGAAGUCUUGCAGUGCCCGGAUCUUUCGUCCAAAAGACCUCAGUGUCCGGGGAAGCUAAAGCAGAGAAACUGAUUGCUACGCAGUCGGAUGCUCCAAGAAUACAGAAACAGACUGAACAAGAUGCUGUGAUUUCGUCGAAGUCUCCGGGGAGCACCGAGAUCGAACAAACUAAUCCGGCAGAGCGGCAGUCGAAAGGGUCGGAAUUGGAAAACAACAAGCCGCAUUUGCACUCUGGCUUCUCCCGAACUAUCAAGGCCACUGCGAAGAAGUGCUGCCAAUUCUUCAUGAUCUUUCCCGUUAUCAUGGCUAUCAUCUGCUAUCUCCUAUGGCCAGCAUCCCAACAACAGCGGCCAACAUCCUACUCCGAGCUCGCAACAAACUACACCCGCAGUCUCGACGCCCAAAUUCCGCAUGCUAACAUGACAAUGCAAACAUGGGCUCUGGGGAUCUGUUCCCUCGAUCACACACGAUACCUCCUGUCUCCCGGCGCUCUGAUCGAGGAUCAAUUCCGUCGGCAUCAGAAAGCGGACAAGGGACAUUGCCCCGAGAAGCCGGCUGGAUUUCUCAGAAAGGAAGACGAUCUGAGCUACAUGUUGAAUUGGGACCAACAGAGACGAAUCGAUGCUCCUGCUCGAGGUCUGGAGGCUACUAUCCUAAAGCAAGCGGAGGAGAUGGAUGAGAUUUGGCAGAGUUAUCGUCGCUUCUUGGGGCUUUUGAUCUCCUCCACGAGUACCAGUUCGCCGUCGACUUGGAAGGAUGACGGGCCAUGGACGAUCUCCUGCAUCAUGAGCGAUAUCUUGCACAUUCGCCUCACCAAAGCGCUCAGAGAGCGUGAGAUGAAGCGGAGCCGAGCAAAACAACAGCUUCACACAUUAUCCAGGGCCGCCAUGGAACUCGAGACACAAGAGCAAGCUUUGCGGGACCUCCAAGCUCUCUGCUUGGAAAACGUCAAAGCACUCAAAGACAUGCUAAAUUCGUUCGGAUUCGACUGGCGGUCCUCCCAGAUCCUUUCGACAUACCUCCUCCAUCGAUUUCCGCAAGUCUGCAGUGGGACGACGCCGGAAGUGUUGGCUGUAAGACCUCCAACUUUUGCGAACAUUACCGAGUUUCGACAGGGCUUUGAGACCAUGAGUGCGAGUUUGCACAGGAUCGGAUGGAAAGAGGACAAUCCGCUCUACCUUGGGAAUGCGAGAAUUGACGAGAUCAAGACCGUGAGGUGGAGGAUUGCGAACGAGGUUACGAGUUUGUUAGGGAAAUGGGGUGGUGUUCUGGGUGGGCAUACGGAAGAUGGGAAGUGA